ACGUAGUGGAAGGAAGAGCAUUUAUAAGGUAAACCCCUGUAAUUUUCUGUCCCAAUAAUCGUGGUCGAGGAAGUUUCGCUCUCAGUCUCAUACACCCCUUUGCUCUCUUUCUCUCCGAUAUUUUCCGAUUCAAAUCCACCGUCGGCCAAGAUGAACGACGCAGAUGUCUCCAAGCAGAUCCAGCAGAUGGUCAGGUUCAUUCGCCAGGAGGCGGAGGAGAAGGCCAACGAGAUCUCAGUCUCCGCUGAAGAGGAAUUCAACAUUGAGAAAUUGCAGUUAGUUGAGGCUGAGAAGAAGAAGAUCAGACAAGAGUAUGAGCGGAAGGAGAAGCAAGUCGAUGUUCGGAAGAAGAUUGAGUACUCCAUGCAACUCAAUGCUUCUCGAAUCAAGGUCCUUCAAGCUCAAGAUGAUGUUGUUAAUUCCAUGAAGGAUGUAGCCUCUAAGGAGCUUCUGAAUGUCAGCCGAGAUCACCAUGUCUAUGGAAAGCUUCUGAAAGGUCUUAUUGUUCAGAGUUUGCUCAGGUUAAAGGAGCCUGCUGUGUUGUUGCGUUGUCGUGAAGCUGAUCUUAGUCUGGUUGAGUCAGUAAUAGAAUCAGCUGCACAGGAGUAUGCAGAGAAAGAUAAUGUUAGUCCACCAGAGAUUAUAGUUGACCAUGAUGUCUAUCUUCCGCCUGCUCCUACUCAUAAUCAAUCCCAUGGCCUUUCCUGUUCUGGAGGCGUGGUGUUGGCUUCUCGAGAUGGGAAGAUUGUGUUUGAGAACUCCCUUGAUGCAAGAUUGGAUGUUGUAUUCCGUAAAAAGCUUCCAGAGAUCCGCAAGCUGCUCUUUGCUCAGAUUGCUGCAUAAUGGGAUGGAGUUUGUUUGCAUGCUGAUCGAAGAAUAUUUAAGAUCUAAAACUUGGUCAUGGACCGACCAUGCGGUGUAUUUUUUUAUUUUAAUUGCCUGCCUGUGGUAUUCCGAUUUUAUUGACUCCGAAUAACUUAUUUGCCAAUUAGCGCUGUAUUUUGGUUUGGCUCUCUCUCAUAAUAUCGUCUGCUGCGUUAUACUCAUUCUUAGAACUGAUGAUAUAAAUAAAAUUUGCCAGCUUGAGAAGUAGCA